UCGCGUUGCACGUGUAUUGAAAAUUUCCACUAGUUUUAGAAUAAAAUUGCAAGUUCUUAAACCUACGCUUACUAUGGAUUCUUCCGAAGAAGCACCGUUGAAAGCAAACUCUAGUAGUGCUAACCAGAAACAAAGGAAAACUUUGAAAGAGAAAAUAAAAUAUGUAAAAGAUAAUAUUACAGUGGAACCUGUGGUAGCUUGUUUUGUAGUUCCCGGGGUUUUAGCCCGACUGGCGACGCAAAAUCUCAAUUUAGAUAAAGCGUGCCGAGUUAACUUGGGAUACGGCGAUGUCGUAUGCGACUCCUUGCUGGCUCGGGAUAGCAACAAGUAUCUCAGACAAGAAUUGGCCGUGCAAGAACUAGUGGCAUCGAUGGAAGUUUGGAAAACUUUUAUCGUGACAGCUAUUCCCAGUUUUUUAAUAUUAUUCUUAGGCGCAUGGAGUGACAGGACGAGAAAAAGGAAGAUAUGCAUACUAUUGCCGGUCAUUGGAGAUCUUCUCAUGUGUUUAAGUAAUAUUUUGAGCGUGUAUUUCUUUUAUGAGAUCCCCGUGCAGUGGACAAUGUUUUUGGAAGCAAUAUUUCCAGCAAUAACGGGAGGAUGGAUCACAUCUUACAUGGGUAUAUUUAGUUACAUAAGUGAUAUAUCAAGUGUGGAGACAAGGACUUUUAGGAUCGGAGUGACGAAUUUGUGCACGACCGCGGGAGGCCCGAUAGCCUCCGCCCUGAGUGGAGUUCUUCUGCAUAAUAUAGGGUAUUAUGGUGUGUUUGCAGUAAGCGGUUUACUGUUUUUGUUUAGUAUUUGCUACGGUUUCGUCUUUAUACAAGACCCUGAACAACCAGUCUCUGAAAAGGAAAUUGAGGAUAAGUCAGGCGGCGUAUGCGGUUCCCUCAAAUCCUUUUUCAACACGAAACAUGUGAAAGAUACGCUGGCUGUGGCUUUCAAAAAGGGACCCAACCACAGACAGGCAAAGUCCAUUUUAAUACUAACUUGCAUCCUUCUUAUACACGGACCUUGGUAUGGAGAGCACUCAGUUCGUUAUCUGUUCACAAGAUACCGGUUUAAUUGGGAUGCGUUGAAGUAUAGCUUCUAUAACACAUUCUACAUAUUGGUGCAUAUUGUAGGUGCAUUGAUCUCAAUAAGCCUGUUCAGCCGAUAUCUGAAGUGGGACGAUUCGGUUCUCGGCAUCAUCUCGACUUGCAGCAAAUUCGUCGGAGCCAUAGCCGUGGCCCUCGCCACUACCUCAUUGGAUAUGUAUAUUGCGGUUUUACUGGAGACGUUCAACGCAACGACAUUCACGGCAAUGAGAUCGAUCACAUCUAAACUAGUCACUAGCGAUGAAUUAGGUAAAAUGACUUCAGUAUUCAACCUGACUGAGGUUCUGGCUAACAUGAUGUUCGGUCCUGUGUAUUCCUGGCUGUACCGAGAGACCCUCUCAAUAGAACCCGGUGUCGUUUAUUACGUCAGUGCGGCCAUUACUGUGAUUCCAAUCAUCAUUUUUGUAUGGCUCUUCACGCAGCGCAAGAAAAACGAUAACACUGAAAUAAAUAAUAAAAUUGUAAAUGCAGAUGUGGAUCCUUGCUUAGAAUUACAAAAUUAGAGAGUAAAAAUACAAUAUUUUUUGUUUCAUUUCUUC